GCUUGCCAGCCUGAUGCUCCUAAGACCUUGCUUGGCCGGCUGGUUUGGAAAACCACAAAGAACAAUGCAUUUUGUAACCCCAAUAUCCUCCAUGGAUGCAGCUGCAGCCUGUUGCCUCUUGCUAAUUCUAGCCACCAUGACUGCCUCUUCAGUUCAUGCACAACAAGCCGAUGGUGGGUGCUUCACAAAUGAGAGAGAUGCUCUGCUUUCGUUCAAAGCAGGCAUCACAAAAGAUUCGCAGAGCCUCCUUGCCUCGUGGAAUGGCCAAGACUGCUGCCUUUGGAGUGGUGUCAGGUGCAGCAACAGAACAGGUCAUGUCAUCAAGCUUGACCUGCGCAACAAUUUCUUCCUCGAUGAACUCAUGUUCACUGAGACGAUUGAUAGUUCCUGGUACUCUGGAAAGACUCAUGAACUGCAUGGAAAGAUAAGUUCUUCUUUGCUUGCUCUAAGUCAUUUGGAGUAUCUAGAUCUCAGUGGAAACUAUCUCGGGGGAGUUGGUGUAUCCAUACCAAGAUUCUUGGGCUCCCUCGAUAGCUUGGUAUAUCUCAAUCUCUCCUGCAUGAAUUUUGAUGGUAAAGUGCCUCCUCAACUUGGUAACCUCUCCAGAUUGCUAUAUCUGGAUCUCAACACCUAUGUUCUUGUUGAUGAUAAUAAAUUGCACUCUGAGGAUAUAUCAUGGUUACAACGUCUCCCUUUGCUGAAGUUCCUCGACAUCAGUGGUGUGAAUCUCAGCACUAUUGGCAAUUGGGUUCAAGUACUUAGCAUGCUUUCUAAUCUAAGAGCCCUUCGUCUCAGAUCCUGCAGACUUGUUUUUCCACACACACCUAUAGUGCAUUCUAACCUCACAUCACUUCGGAUGCUUGAUCUAUCAGCCAGUGGGGUUGAUACCUUAAAUCCAACCUACUGGUUCUGGGAUGUUGGCACCAUCAGGCAUCUUGACCUUAGUUAUAAUAGAAUAAUUGCUGAACCAUUUCCAGAUGCAAUGGGAAACAUGACUUCACUUGAGGCACUUCAUCUUGGAGGCAAUUUCCUCACAAGUGUAAAAUCCAAAGUGCUGAAGAAUCUUUGCAAUUUGAGAGUGCUAACACUGCAGGAAAAUUGGAUCAACCAAGGCAUGCCAGAAUUUUUGGAGGGCUUGCCUCAUUGUGCAAGGAGUAAGAUGCAGUUGUUAGAUCUAUCUAUGACCAAUCUCACUGGGGAAAUUCCAAAGUGGAUAAACCAGUGGACUGAUCUGAGCAUUCUUAAACUCUCUUCUAAUAGGCUUGUAGGACCGAUACCUCUUGAAAUUGGUGCACUCAGCAAGCUCAGCCUAUUGUAUCUAGACAGCAACCAGUUCAACGGUUAUAUAAAGGAGGAGCAUUUAGCGAGUCUAGUGAAUCUGGAGGAAUUGGAUUUAUCUUACAACUCCCUGCACAUGAUAAUCAGCUCAAAUUGGACUCCCCCAUUCAAAUUGAAGCUGGCUUAUUUCCCUUCUAGCAAACUUGGGCCUCGGUUUCCUUUAUGGCUUAAAGGGCAGAGGAAUGUUACUUAUCUUGACAUUUCUGAUGCAGGCAUAGUUGACAAUCUCCCGGAUUGGUUUUGGCAUGUGUUUUCAAAUGUUCAAUAUUUGAAUAUCUCUUUCAAUCAAAUCAGUGGCAGGUUACCGAGGACGCUGGAAUUCAUGUCUUCAUUUAUAAUAUUUGAUCUCAACUCGAACAACCUCACUGGUGCUCCUCAGUUACCAAGGCAUUUGGUCGAACUUGACAUUUCUAGAAACUCAUUAUCAGGGCCACUGCCACAAAAAUUUGGAGCUCCGUUCCUGGUGAUCAAUGGCACUAUUCCGGCAGAUAUCUGCCAGCUGCAGUUUUUGAACACCUUGGAUCUAGCAAAGAACUGUCUCGUGGGACAAUUCCCCCUUUGUUCGGAAGCACCGGAAGGAACUCGCAAACUGAAUCCAACCGCUCUAAUAUUGUAUGAAAAUAACCUGUCUGGCGACCUUUCAUUUUUGCAGAGCUUCGAAGAGUUAACACUACUUGAUCUUGGCCAUAACAAGUUUGUCGGAGAGAUACCCAAAUCGAUAGCAAAUUUUUUGCCAAAUCUGUCUUAUCUCCGUCUGCGACAUAAUAUGUUUUCCGGAUCUAUUCCCGUUCAGCUCACACAGCUUGGGUACCUGCAAUACUUGGACCUUGCAUACAACAGAAUAUCGGGAUCUAUACCUCAUUCAGUGGCCAACAUUAGAGCAAUGGGUCUGGAACCAAAACAGGCACGAGAAAAUCCCUUUCAUUGGAGUUACGAAAGGCCAGGAAACUCUGAGACGCAGUUUACAUUCAAAUAUGAUGAUAGCUUACAGGUGGUAGCAAAAGGUCAACAACUUAGUUACACUAGUAACAUCAUUUAUAUGGUUGGCAUUGACUUGUCCUGCAACAAUUUAGUUGGAGAGAUUCCAGUUGAAAUAACAUCUCUUGGUAAACUGACGAACCUGAACAUCUCCAACAACCGCUUGUCCGGUAAGAUUCCAGAGAAAAUUGGAUCCCUAGUAUGGCUGGAGUCUCUUGACCUGUCAUGCAAUGAACUCUCCGGCGAAAUUCCUGCUGGUUUGUCAGACCUGACAAAGUUAAGCAAGCUGAACCUAUCAUACAAUAAUCUAUCAGGAAGAAUUCCUACAGGGAGUCAGCUGCAGACGCUCAUCGAUCCAGUAUCAUCAUACAUCGGCAACAAGUAUCUCUGUGGCCCUCCUCUUUCUAGGAACUGUUCUUUGCCUCAAGUAACUGGAGGUGAUCUUGAUGAGUAUCAGGCAGAGACGAGGUAUCUGUAUUUCGGACUGGCUGCAGGAUUUGUCCUGGGUCUCUGGGUUGUCUUUGUUAUCUUCUUAUUUGGUAAGACAUACAGAGUUGCUUAUUUCCAACUGUUUGACAAGAUACUGCGCGCCCUACAAGCAUCCUGGCCUGAAAUUCAAGCUGCCGCGGCAAUUUUCUGAUCGGAGGAAGAAUCAUGGAGCCCCUGAAUCAGUGUUGUAUCCUACUGUGUACAAGUGUUUAUGCUAAAUAAAAUAUCAUGUAUGAAAAACAUCUUUAAAUUUUUGGCAGUUGAUUACUACUCCAUUACUUCAAA